CUUGCGGAGUACUGCAAUCUGAUUGGUCGGAUCAGACGCCAGUCAUCGCUGUUUACAUCAAACGUUGUGAGGUGGAAUUUCCCAGGUUACGGCAUAGACUCAGUAGACCACUUCCGCAAUAGAUGUCUGUCUGAACAGAGAGACGAGAGGCCACUGCGAACUGAAAGUUUUGAGGACCAUGUCAAGGAAGUGAGCAGCGACGAUGGAAGGUAAAGGUCCGUAUCGUAUCUACGAUCCAGGCGGGAGUGAAGUCAAAGCCCGGGAGGAGGCUGUUGGGGGAAGCAGCUAUCGGCAGCUGCUGGAGGAGAACAGCAUACUGAGGGAACGAAUGAAGGGACUAAAAAGUUUAGGUGAUUUGUUGGAGGAGUCUCAGUCAGAGGCGUCGAGGCUCAGGCAGCGAGUGGAGGAACUUGUGCGAGACAACGAAGCCUUAAAGUCCUCCAGCUUUGCUGCGAGCCUGUGCAUGGGAGGGCCGGUUCACACUGACACACAAAGUAAACUCUGCUUAUACCCAACUCCAGAGAAAGAGGAGCAAGCAAGCUGUUUAGGGAGAACACUUCAGCCUGAAAAGCCAAGUGAGGCCUUAUCGGAGUUUGAGGUGGUGAAUUUAGACAGAAAAAACUCAGAUGCCUUGGCUGUCGGGACGGUGGCAGGAGCGCCCCCUCUUCUUCCUCUGGAGAACAACGAGCUAGCCAGCCAGCUGAAGAGACUCGAGAGCUCUUUCAGCAUUUUUGCAGAGGAGUCCAACCCAAACCAGCUGCUGGCUCACCUGGGCCGCAUGGCCGUGGAGUUUCACCAUUUGUCUUCUAAAGUCCAGAAGAAUGAGCAGAGGACCUCCCUCCUACAGACUCUCUGUGAGCAGCUGAGGCAGGAGAACAAUGAACUGAGAAAGAAAAUGGAAGAAGACCAUCAUAUCAGGAAUCGAGACUUGGAACAGCUGAGGCAGGAGAACCAGAAGCUCAAGGAGCUCGUCACAGGCGGAUCAGCAGUUGCUUCAGCCGUGUCGCCGUCUGAUACCGAGAGUCCAGAGGCCAAAGACGAGCCCGUUAAGGAGGAAGCUGUUGCUGUCCGACCCAAAAUGGAGGCCGCUACACCACAAAAGACUGGAAAAUCAGCAGAGAAAACCCCAGCCAAACCCUGUGACAUAGAGACCUACGAAAAGAAGAUCCGGCUUUUGGAGAAGCAGAGAAAGGAUGUUCUGGAGGUGAACAAGCAGUGGGACAUUCAGUGGAACUCCAUGAGGUCACAGUUUGAGCAGAAGAUUACAGACCUCAGACAACGACUGGCUGAGUCCCAGAAAACCGUGCUGGAGCUGGAGGCUGAGCGGGAGCAGAGGCAGCGGGACUAUGACAAAAAGCUGCUGCUGGCUAAGUCCAAGAUCGAAAACGUCCAGGGGGAAAAGGAAUGUUUAAACUCUGAAACCACCGAGCUCAAGCAGAAGGUGCGCUAUCUGCAGGAUCAGCUGCUGCCCCUCAGCAAACAGAGGGAGUACCAGGAGAAGGAGAUCCAGCGCCUGAACAGGGCCUUGGAGGAAGCCUUAAACCUUCACACCCCGUCGUCCUCACAACAACCUCCUGGCCAGAGCAACUUCGCAGAUGCAGCCAAUAAUCUCAAAAAACAGGAACUACUAACUCAAAUAGCUGUGCUAAAAGAACAGGUGAAAAUCUUUGAAGAAGACUUUAGGAAAGAAAGGAGCGACAGGGAACGGAUGAAUGAAGAAAAAGAAGAUUUGAGGCGGCAAGUCGAGAGACUCCAGGGUCAGAUUACAAAUUUGACCAAUCAGCUGCAUCAGGCACAGAAUGAGUGUCAGCGAGAACGUACGGAACGAUGUAAGCUGGAGAGACUUCAGAUGCAGCAUCACAAACAGGGGCAGCAGCAGCAGGAAAGAGGUGCCUCAGAUCCCGCAUCAGGCUCAGUGAACGGCCCGCUGAGCCCUCCCUACUGUGGUCCCUUUGUGCAGGUGGGAACGCAGGGCCUUGAGGGCUGGCCUGUACACUUCCCUCCCCGGAUGCCCAAUGCAGCGGGCGCCACAGCAGCAGCCGCCGCAGCUCCACCCCCUGCUAGAGACUUCCAGCCUGUUAACCCGGGUUUUCCAUGGCAGAUGUCAUUCCCUCAACCUCGGGGGGCCAGGGCAGUAGGAGAAAGUUCAAGACCUCCGCCAGAGAACACAGAUCAGUCAUCAACAGCUGCAGCAGCGACAGUGUUUGUUAAAAGGGAGAGACAGAACAUAGACCCCGGAAAGCACUAAAGCAUCACCAUAACCUCUGGACGGAGUCUGGGUAGUAGCAUGAAACCAGUUUGUUUUUGAGUUGACAAGGUGUGAUUGACCAUAUAAUUUUCCUACUGAACUGUAGAUAUCCUAUUGUAAUGUUGUUUAUACUUGCGUUUUAUAAGGCUAUUUGUGACACUUCGCUAUUCCGAAUAUAUAUACAUAAAAUAUUAUUUAGAUUUUUUUAUCUGGGAAAAAAAAAAGAAAUCAUUUGUUAAAUAUGUUGGAAUACUCAACACGGCUCCUUUUUCUGUCGAGGAAAAAAAAACAUUUUGUGAUUGCUUCUUCUCUGCAAGUGCGUAACAACUUGACAUUUAGUUGACUUGUAGGGAUACGGCAAGCCUUUACCCCCCCUCACCAAAAACAGAAAAAAGGCUAAGCAAACAUAUACUCAUUCCACCUGAAUGAUUAUAUUGAUACACUGAAUUCUAGAUUUUUGCAAUGUGAAUGUUGAUUGAUUUUCAAGGGUUUAUACAGUGCCAUCAAUGUUAUAGAAAUGUCCAAUAUGUGUAACUGUUCAAAAGUGGUUGUUGAAAUACAAAAAGUUUGGGAACUGAAAUUUUUGAUGGUAUCAUACCAAAAACAUGAUUGUGGUUACUAAUAAUUUAUUUAUAAUCUGCUGUUUUUGAUAGUUGCAUUGACUAAGUGUAAAUCAUUGUCUUUAGUAACGCUGUUCUUUCUAUGUUGUUAGUGUAAUCCCAAUAUAUUGUAGCUAUUGACAUUGUAUGUUUGUAUCAGACAUAUUACACAAUGCACAGUACAUACAGAUUUUUUUUCCCCCAUGAUAAUGGACCUAAUCUCAUUAAACAACACUUCUACUUGGUUUGACCACUCAUUCUGAUAUUUACAGUUUUUACCGCGUCCUUUUUCUGUUUACCUUUGACAUGUUUUAAGGUGACACAAACAUCUAUUCCUUGCAAAGCCACCUCUUAAUUUCAGGACAGGACAAGAAGGGGAUUAGAUAUUAAGAUGACCGAACGCGCCCCCUCUGCCAUCACGUCUGGCUUCACUUUCUGUCCUCAUCGAUAACCAGCUAAUCACGCCAGGCAGACGAACCUGCAAAAAAAACGCUGUAACGGAGCGCCGACCGCAGGACGUUGAGGUUACACAAUGGACCGAUCAGCCAGAUGAAGGGCUACAAAAUGUGUGGAUUUUAAUCCGAAAAUGCUUAUUUUUUAGUUUUGCAAAUUAAAAAAAAAAAAA